CGGUGAUAUUUAUGUUGUUUAUUCUUGUGACGUCAUCGGUUGCUGACAAUUCAGACAAGCCAGUAACAGAUAAUCGUGACAUAGCUAAAGAAUUUGACGAUUUUAAAAAAGCUUUGACCGAAACCCAUGCACGAGACAUUCAAAGACUUGAGGAUAUUAUAAAUGCUCAAGGAAUGCAAAUUCAAAAGCUUGAAUCUGACAAUGCUUUGAAGGAUUCUGCAAUACAGGAUCUGCAAGGAAAAACAGAAAAAAUAACUGUCAAGAAGGACGUUGUUUUGAAAAGUGCUGGGAAAUCACAAAGCGACGAAACGUUUAGAAAAACCUUUUCAAAAUCACAAGUCUCCCUGCAGAAGAGAGGUCAACAUAAUAUGAUGAAAAGAGCAAGCGCCGAAAGCAAGGUUGCAUUUUUUGCCUCAGUUACAACCGACCUUGAACAUUUGGGUCAAGACCAAGAUAUCAUAUUUGACCACGCUGUUACAAAUAUUGGUAAUGGUUAUCUACCACACCACGGAACAUUUGUGGCUCCAGUCUCUGGAACCUAUGUUUUCUCUGUAACAUUAAAUCACUGGGGAGCAGCGGAUACCUGGGGUCAUUUUGUUGUUAAUGGGUCAAUUGUUGCAAAAUUACAUUUGCAUAACGGACAAUCCUCUCAGACGGUAAUUGUAUAUUUGAAACAAGGAGAAGACGUUUCAGUACAAAACACAGCGACAGACCGGGUCAUAUAUGGGGACCGCUACAGCACAUUUUGUGGAUUUCUACUGUAUGAAGAUUUCUCUGUAAACUUUGUUGGCUAAAUAAAAUUGAUUGGA